AUGGACGACUACCACGUUGCGCAAGUCCUCGCCAGCGAGGCGCGAGACAGCUCUCAGAAAUAUGAGAGUCAUGGACUUGGCGCGUAUCUGCUUCGGAAACCGGCCGGGAACGCUCCCAAACCCAAUACCCGAUUCCUGCGGCACUUGAUCAAAGAGACGGAUAGUCACAACACAGCGCUCAAACGCAAAGAGGAGAGAGAAGCGAGGGAGCGCAUGCGUCAGCUGAAAGACCAGCCCAAACAUGACUCGGCUCCAACAACUUCUUCAGCCACGGGAAAGCACGAUCGCCGUUCCAGAAGCAGAGACGGAGGAAGAAGUCAUAGAGAGGAUCGUGACAAUCGCCACGAACGCGACGGUCGCGAGCAUUCGAAUUCUCGGCGCCGACAUCGCAAUCGUCCUUCGUCUACUGAAAGAGAUCGAGCACGCCGCCAUCGCCGUCCGGACGAGCCCCACGAGCGAGCAACGAGAGACCGGACCGAGCACCGUCGAGAUCGCCAUGAGUCUUCUCGGAAAAGCCGUCGAGGCCGCGAGAGAUCAUCCUCGCACUCUCGCAGUCGGUCUCCUCGGCGAGACCGCAGUUCUGGACGCCAUCACCGAUCAGCGUCUUCGCCAGACCCUCGGUCAUCGCAACCACGGCGGACGCGAACAGGCCACCGCCAUGAGCGCUCUGAGCUCUCUGAGCGUGCAAGACAUCUCUUGCCUCACGAUUCCCGCUCCACCACGACUCAGGAUUCUGUCAAACCUCGCAAACAAAAACGGGGGUCGCCGUCCCCGGGCGAGCCUACCUUUACCACUCUACGUCGCGACCGUACCGAUGAUGAAUCCGAUCCUUUGGAAGAUCUCAUUGGGCCCCUGCCUCCGCAGAUGGAUGGUGAUGGUGCUGCCCCGAUUCGCUCUCGGGGCCGUGGAGCGUAUAAACCCAGCGCCAGCACCAUUGACGCUCACUUUGCUCCGGACUACGACCCUACCAUCGAUGUUCAGCCUGGUGACAAUGAGGGACCUUCUCUAAACAAGAUUUCUCCUCGGCCCGUCGCGGGUCUUAUGGCAGGGGAAGAUGACUGGGAUAUGGCUCUCGAGGCGUUGCGCGACCGGCAACGUUGGAAGCAGAAAGGCGAGGAGAGACUACGCGCCGCGGGAAUGAACGAAGACACCAUCGAUCGGUGGAAGAACAACGCUGCGUUCACCGGGGCAAACAGCGGCGAAGGCAGGCCGGAGAAUGUGCGAUGGUCGAAGAAAGGCGAGGGCCGAGAAUGGGAUCGGGGUAAAGUCAUGGAUGACGAAGGCCACAUCGAUGUCCGGGCUGCCUGGUAA